AGUCACACCCGCACCAUACUCAGUGGUUGUUGUUGAAGGGACGAAUGCAAAUACAGUACUCGAGUACAGUAUCUCGUACAGCUUACCAAGCAUUGAGAAAAGAGAAGGAAAAAAAAAGCAAAAGAGUGUCAUGUUUGGCGGACACUCCAUUGCAGUACGGUACGGUAUCUCAACGAUAGACACGGUUGACCGGGUACGCUAGCACUCGUACAAUACAGUACUCUUCCUCGAGCACUUGCUUUUCGGGAACCCCUUUUCUUCACUCACCACACUUUUCCGGUUCUUUGAAGAGGGAAGUGAGUACGGAGUAAUUACACUUCGUUUGGCGUCCGUCCAUUCUUGCUGUGAGAAUUUUUCAUCCAGGUUGACGGUGAACCUCCUCUCAUUCCGCUCCCACCUACAGCCUCCCCAACAUAACUCAACAGCCCCUUCCUAAAUCGGGCCCUCUUGCUUUUACUGCGAACCCUCCCUCCCCGCCUAUCACUUACUACUACACUUGCCCUUCCUCCAAACAAACACCUCCCACCCCACUCCGCGUCCCCCCCACCCACAAAAAUAUGGUGACAAAGGGUAUUCUGAGAGCUCUCAUCUCGCUGGCGGCCCUCACAACGCUGCUACUCGUGUUCUACAGCUAUUCAUCUCCGCCAAUUCCUCGCCCACAUGUUGGCGGGUCGGGAGGCCAAUUCGUCCGACCAAAGACCGGCGGCUCGCUAAAGGGUAUCGACCCCUUACUCAACCCCGAGAAGGGACCUCCAGGAAAGCUGUGGGGGCCCGGCGAGGCGGAUAGAAUAUCGGCGACAUUACUAUCGCUGGUAAGGAACAAUGAGCUCGAGGGGAUGGUUUCCGCAAUGAGGGAUCUGGAGAGAACUUUCAAUCACAAAUUCAAUUAUCCCUGGACCUUCUUCAACGAUGAGGAGUUCUCCCAGGAGUUUAGGGAGAGGACACAGGCGGAGACCAAGGCCGAGUGCAGAUACGGUUAGCUUUCGUCCUAUCUCUACAGCGUUGCUUUUGCUCUUGUCCCCCCAUGGAGGCUGACGGUGGGUUCAAUCGUGUGGCGUAGAGGUUAUCCCGAAGGACCAUUGGGAAAUCCCUUCCUGGAUCAACAACGAUCUCAUGGCAGAGUCUGCCAAGCUGCUGGAAGAGAAGAAGGUCCAAUACUCCGGACUCAAGAGCUAUCAUCAAAUGUGCCGGUGGAACUCUGGAAAGUUUUACGAUCACCCUGCAUUGAAGGAUAUCCGGUGGUACUGGCGUGUUGAGCCCAAAGUGCAGUAUGUUGUUCCCGCACCGAAUCCCUUCCGGCCCCAGUUGCUAAGACGUGAAACAGCUUCUUCUGCGAUGUGGAUUACGACGUGUUCAAGUACAUGGAGGACAACAACAAAACCUACGGUUUCGUCAUCAACAUCUACGACUCUCCCGAAUCCAUUGAGACUCUAUGGCCACAUACACUCGAGUUCCUGGCCGAGAACCCGGACUACUUGCACCCGAACCACGCUAUGGCCUGGCUGACGGAUUCCAAGAACAGGCCAGAGCACCAUCAAAAGUCUGGGUACUCGACCUGCCAUUUCUGGAGUAAUUUCGAGAUUGCGGACAUGAACUUUUGGAGGAGCAAGAAGUACAGGGAUUACUUUGAUCACCUGGACCGUGCCGGUGGAUUCUUUUACGAGCGAUGGGGUGAUGCGCCUGUCCACAGCAUCGCCCUUGGAUUAAUGGAGGACAAGAACAAGAUUCACUGGUAAGAUCCAUCUGCUGCGCAAGAGCUUGGAUCGCUCUGGGGGCAAAGUCUAACAGUUACAGGUUCCGGGAUAUCGGUUACCAACACAUACCAUACUUUAAUUGCCCCUCGUCGCCAAAGUGCAGCGGUUGCGAGGCGGGCCGAUUCACGGACGGAACAGGUCUCGACCAGGAAGACUGUAGAGCAAAUUGGUUCGAGUUUGCGCACAUGGAUUAAGCUGUUGAAUUUCUGGAGAGGGAAAUGAAUGAAUGAAUGAAUUAAGAAGAAAGAAAAACCAAUAUUGAAGCUCUCUCACCGUCAUUCACAUUGUAAUUGUUAACUCCCGAUGUCUGCAUUUUUUUUUCCCUUGUUUUCUUUAUAAAUUUUGUUCUUUUGAUUUUUUUUUUGAUUUUUUUUUGGGGGGGGGGCCAGAGGCUUUACCACGGCGAUGAAUUGGGUUUUCGGGAUUUUUUUCUCUUGCGUCUUUUUAUCCUUUUUGUAUCGAAGCAUGAUGGCACGAUUUUGCAUCCGGUGCGGAGGGGGGAAAAGUAUCAUACGGUGCUCAUUGUCGAGGGUAUUAGAAUUCCACAUCAUGUGACCGAUAAGCUGGGUAUUUUUAGACCUUUUUUCUUUUACAAACCAUUUUCUGGAAUACUCAAGUUGCGAUGCGUGGUAUGCUAUCAUCAUACCGCUAUCCGUCCGUCAAUCCAUCCUCGUACUUGGGUCCGGUACUGCACAAUCCCACUCGGCACCCGAACCAACGCCAGCUCGAAGGUCGGUGCUGUACGAUGAUAAUGAUAGCAUAUGCCGCCUGUAGCACCACACUCGUACAAUACCAGCACCAACAAUACGAUGGCUAAAAAAAAAUUAAAAAAAAAAGGUCUAUCAUCAAAGUUAUUCCCAGCAAGUCACCGCAAAAAAAAAAAAAACAUUACAAAGUUACAAUAACACGAUACGAGCCUAGCAACAAAAGAAACGCGCCACCCCCGUUUCCCGUGCAAACCACCAAUCUUCCACAAGCGCCCAAGUUAUACGCGGUAGCAACAAAGAAUGAGAGAGAGCCCAACCCGGAGAUUUACAUGGUCGAAUUUCUUUCCCCUUUUUUUUUCAGGCUACCGCUAUACAGGAACCACAACGAUCCCAUCAUAUAGAAAACCGAAAACUCCCCCCCCGUAAAUGGGGAGAGUAUGGGGUGUUGUGAAACACACGCCAAGACGUGUCAAUUCUUACGACAAAUUAUCGUGGAUAACCGGUACGAGUAUGGGAUGUUGCAUUCAAGUCGCGACGAAACUAUGGCAUGCACUGUAAAUUUGGUAAAUUGCGAUGCGUAGACCAUUGGUAUUAUUGUCUAGCUCCGGCCAGGUCGGAUCCACGCCUUUCUCUGUUUGACUGACUAUCCGUCGGCAAACUAAAGUUCGUAAUGUAUAUAUAUAUUUUUUUGUAUAUUACGUCUGUCUGUCUGUCUGUCUACUGACCUAACGUAACGUAAUCAUCGCCAGUUUUCAAGGAAAACGGGAUUUGUCUUCUAGGGAACCUUUUCCUUCCUUCCUUCUCUCCUUCCUUCUCUCCUUCUUUCCUUCUUUCUUUCUGACCGGUACAGUAGUAUCAUAAGACAUAAAAUUAUGGGAAAAACCUGGGUAUGAUACUUUACGUUUCCUUUGGUUUGUUUCUGUUUUUUUGUUUUUGCCCGGAGUGUACUCGUACAGUACGGUACUCUACUCUGCUCUACUCGCAAUGGUAUUAUUUAUAUGAUGGGAGGAUUAUGAGUUGUUUUUUAACCGCAUACUACGGUACUCACUCACAACCGUUAUUAUAAUACUGUACUCGAGUACUAUGAUAUCUUACCAUGUCAUAUACCAAACGUGCAGAUAAAGCCACAGUGUUAACAAUCAUUGUCAAUCCACGCUGUCAUAUCAUAUCAUACUCCGGUUAUCCGUAUCAUACACUCGUACAGUACUUGCGUCCAUGUAGCAUCACCUUAUUGAGGAGGGCCGUCAGUUUUAGACUACACGGGCCGGUAGGAUACUCUGGAAUCUGGUCUCGAAAUCUGAUGGGAAACGUCAUAACCUAACCCUACAAGACCACGGCUAAACUCUAAAGAGGCGGCUGCCACUCUGGCGCAAUUGUAUGUUUCACCUCGGGGGCUUAUUUGAACGUGCCAGUGCUGCGUCUGACUAUUCACGCCAGAUACAGUCACGGUAGACUACCGGUACGGUAUUGUGGCAUCCUUCCGGCAUCCUACGGUACCGGUACGAGUACUUGCCUAUCGGUCCUCCAAAAGCGCUCCUACUGUACAGUACCGAACAGUUUGAGCCGAGAAAACGCCAAGAUUUACAGAUACUUUUGGAACGGGCAACCACAAUCAUCUGAACCAUAACCAUAGAAAUGGUAAUUCUACCUCACAUUCCUUCAACCCGCCCUCAGCCAAUAGUUUUGGUCCACCCCCCAACUCCAAAAGGGAUAAACAGCGGUUUAUCGUCAACCUGGAGAAUGCCAAGCUUGUUGAUUGGCUAGGUCAGUGUUCUGUGAGUGAGCCUAUUCCUUUGAUGGGUGAUAUUUGAACUAAUCGGAGUAAUAGUCCUGCCUGCCCAUCACAGCGCUAAACGUGAGUGAAAUUCCGUACAGACGAAGGGAUUGUUUCCACCAUUCCAAUCACUGCACUCCGCACUCCUACUCCCAAUCUAUACUCGAGUACCCGUCAAACCAGCCGUCUGCACCUUUGCACCUUUCCCCCUCCCCAUCCCGCACGUGAAUGCAUACAAUGACCCCAUCGACGUAUCGACGUUCGAAAAAAUAAAAUAAAAUGCAAAGCUCAUAACAAGGACGUCCGUGAUCCCCCCCCUCUUUGUUUUUUUUUUUUCCUUUUCCUUUAUUCAGUAUCUCUGUUUAUCGAAAAAGCAGAAGUAAAAGCAAAAAAAAAUAAAAAAAGAUAUUAUCUCUCUCUCUCUCUCUGUGUGUGUGUGGGGAACCUCCAAUUGAGGAAACCUUAAUGUUUAUUUAUUCUCCGGGUAUAGAUCCUCAACGAGCGCGACGCCGAGUUCCUCUCGGAGAUCCUUGAGCUCGUCGAGGUAUUGUUGGUAUUGUUGCUUGUUUUCAACUUUGGCUUUGAUGCCUGUGCUCGAUCGUUAGCGCUGGCGAGCUGGGGUUGGAUGGGUAGGGGGAAGCCUGCCCUCGAAGAUUCUCACGGCGGUGGGGAAGUCGUUGACCCUUCUGGCGGCCUUGAGCGCAGCGACGAUGACGGAGGGGGACGGUACAAGGUCAUAGGCAAAGGCAUUGUUUAGGUUGCGCUGGGGUCCGUUGGUUAUUCAUUUGUGAUGGUAGAGAUAUCGGGUGCUACCCUGUGCAAGAGGGGGAUGGAUGGAUGGAUGAUGGUUUUGUUAUACCUGAAGCUCGAAGACGUCAUUGACGUUCUCGAAUUCCUUUUCGUACCUGGGAAAGAAUACGUCAGUACGCUUUUGGGAUCGUCAUCUGCAUGGUCCGUCCCUCCGUUUCCUCCGCCGCACCAUACCACCCCCACCUCACCGAACAGCGACCCCCCCAUCCACCAACCCGUUGUCUGAUGUCAGACCUCAAACUCACCACCAGAAAACUUCGCAUCGAAACCGAAUAGCAAAACAAACAAACAAGUGACAAUCCAAUUCAUCGUAUCCAUCCACCCAAGCAACGAAAUCAAUGGACGCGGUAGAUAUAGUGGGAAUAGAAGAGGUGGUGGUGGGGGAGGGGAAGAGCAUAAACCAACCUAGCAGU